GAGAGGCGCGAGGUGUGUAGCCGGCGGAUGCGGAGAAUCCCGGAGCGAGCUCAGGGCGGCAGCUUUUAGGUCCACAGCACGGCGGGAAUGGCAGAUUUUGGGAUCUCAGCUGGCCAGUUUGUGGCAGUGAUCUGGGAUAAGUCAUCCCCGGUGGAGGCUCUGAAAGAUCUGGUGGAAAAGCUUCAAGCCUUAACUGGCGAUGAGGGCCGAGUGUCUGUGGAAAAUAUCAACCAGCUGUUGCAGUCUGCCCACAAAGAAUCUAGCUUUGACAUUGUUUUGUCGGGUGUAAUUCCUGGAAGCACCACUCUGCACAGUGCUGAGAUUUUGGCUGAGAUGGCCCGGAUUCUUCGGCCUGGUGGAUGUCUUUUUCUGAAGGAGCCUGUAGAGACAGCUGUAGCAGUUAACAAUAGCACAGUGAAGACGGCAUCUAAGCUGUGUUCAGCCCUGACUCUUUCUGGUCUUGUGGAAGUAAAAGAGCUGCAGCGCGAGUCCUUGAGCCCCGAGGAGAUUCAGUCUGUCCAAGAACACCUGGCUUACCACAGCGACAGCCUGCUCUCUGUGCAGAUCACAGGCAAAAAGCCCAACUUUGAAGUGGGCUCUUCUAGUCAACUUAAGCUUUCUACUGCCAAGAAGUCUUCCGGGAAGCCUGCUGUGGACCCUGCAGCUGCCAAGCUCUGGACCCUCUCAGCCAAUGAUAUGGAGGAUGAGAGUGUGGAUCUUUUCGACUCAGAUGAACUGCUGGAUGCAGAAGAUCUGAAGAAGCCAGACCCAGCUUCCUUGCGGGCCCCUUCCUGUGGGGAAGGGAAAAAGAGGAAAGCCUGCAAGAACUGCACCUGUGGCCUCGCAGAAGAACUGGAAAAAGAGAAGUCGAGGGACCAGAUAAGCUCUCAGCCCAAGUCGGCUUGUGGAAAUUGCUACCUGGGCGAUGCUUUCCGCUGCGCCAGCUGCCCCUACCUUGGGACGCCGGCCUUCAGGCCCGGGGAGAAGGUGCUGCUGAGUGACCGAAGCUUCCACGACGCCUAGGGGGGCC